AUGCUGUUGUCCAUGUCGAAAAGAGCGGAGAUCGUCCGGAAGCGGAAAAAACUGCCGAAAUUUGGUGAACCAAACGACGUGGAAGACCGUGGCCGUACCGUGUGGAAAAACAUUUUGGACGACGUUUGCGACCAGUGUUCGCUGCACGGUCUCAACCACAUUAUUAGAGAAGACCGGAGCACGGGAGAAAAGUCAGUGCACAAACGUGUCACGACAAUAAUAAUAUCGCACCCCUGAAAAAAUAAUAACAUAAAAAUAUACAAAUGUUAAGAAAUCGAUUUUUAACGUUUCAUAAUAAUUCUUUAUAAUGUUCUAUAAUUUUUCCCAUGUGAAAUUGAAAUAUGACUAUAUUCUGACUAAAAAAAUAUUAUGUAAGAACAUUAAUCAGGCUUGAGGCCAGAUAAAGUCAUAUCAAAGACGUGUCACGGUGGAGACUACAUUUUAUUUUGGGCAGAAAUAUAAAGACAUUUGAACUCAUACUUUUUUUAAUAUUAAAUAAAUUUAAAAAUUUCAUAGUGCUUUCAUGGAAAAAAGUGUUUUUUUUUUUAAUCUUACACAUAUUAAAACUAUUAAUAGUUUCGUACUACUCGGACGUAACCUUUAUUACACAGGAUGACCGUCUGGGUAAUUUGAUGUUUCCAUGUGACCAUAAACAUGUAUUAAGUAAACCAUGACUAAAAAAUAUAUCUACAUCGAUUAAUUUAUUGAAUAAUUUAAAAAAACGUUCCAUUGUUUAGUUUUAUAAAUAUUAUUCAAUCUUUUAUAAUAUAUUCUUGAUUUAUAUAAUAUUAAAAUGACGAUUAAAGAUACAAGUAUGACAGAAUGCUAUUAAAAUAAAAUAGCGCGUAAGAGAUAUCGAAUUAAAGAAAUGUGAUAGUCUACUUUAAAUAAGGAGAAAUAAUUGAAUUUUUGGUACUUAUAUUUAUUUAUAUUUUAUAACGUAUAAGAAUAAUAUACUUUAAUUUUUAAAUUUACAUAGUACAAAUAUACUAAAUCGUUUUGAAAAAAAAUGGUAUUGAUGAAUUUUCUACCCCCCCCCCUUUAAGUACAUAUUGAAUUCGUUGGAAAAAGUGGCCCAGUUUAAUAAAAAUAUCUAGUUCCACCAACGCCUAAGUAUUAUUUACUUAUUUAUCAUACCUAAUAAGGCUUUUAUUUUUAUUAAUGUCUGUAAAGAUCUAACCUAUGACUAUAUAAUUUAAUAUGAAAAUAAAAAUAAAAUUUUGCAUAAAAUUAAACAUCAGUAUUCCAAUAUAUUUAUUUAUUUAUUUCAUUUUUUAAAACGUUUGAAUAUAAUUUUCUACAUUUUAGAAAAGUUGUUUGAGACUGCCUAAUAAAGUUUAAAACUAUAAUUGCCAAGUAAAUAUAAACUUUAAAUAAAUAAAAUACAAAUAUAUAUAUAUAUUUAAAAUUAUUUAUAUUUAUAUAUUUAUAUAUAUAUAUAUAUAUAUAUAUAUAUUUAACAAUACAAUUAAGUCGUAUCGCAGGUAAACAAAGCGUAUUGCAACCAUUUAGCUAACUGUUUACCUAUCAAAAACUACAACCUCAAAACACAGUCGUCGUUUUCGUUUCUAGAGUGUUUUGGACCGUGACCGUGGCAUGUGCCGUUCUCUUGGCCACCUACGCAAUUAUGGAAUCGUGGAAGUCGUACAACCGGAGUUCGAUAGACACGGUGGUUGAAACUACUUUUUUUAAUUACGCCGACAUAGCGUUCCCUGCGGUGGUGAUAUGCGAUAGUUCCAGAGUGGAUUGGCAACGAGUGAAGCGACUGACUGCCAGGUAAACAGUUGAACUGUAUCACUGGUUAUAACGGUUGUAGGUAAAAAUGUCCGGCUUGUACACCAUAACUGGUAUAGUUCAGGACCCAAAAUAGUGUGCAAUACUAAAUUACACUAGUGUAUUAAGACAUUAAAAAGUGUGUUGAUUAUUUUAGAAUUAUGUUAACGUUUGUGUGUAAAUAUUUGAUUAAUCAGUACAUAUUAUAUAAUUGAAGUUGGAAAAAUACAUUUUUGAAUAUUAUUUUAUAUUAUUAUUCAAUAAUUUAAUUUUAUCCAGUAACUUUUCAAACAUAAAUGUUUUUGUUUUGUUUUUAAAUUUGAAAGAGACAUGCACUUAUAAAAUAGUGCAGCACGAAGUUUCAUUUAUUUUAGACCCUAGAAUAGUUAGAUAAUUAACAAUCAAACCGAAGGAUGGAAUCUUAGGUUUUCCAAAUUAUUUUCAGAUUCCCACCCAAAUAUUUGGCUAUUAAUUGAAAAAAUACAGUUGGAGUUGGGGGUUGACCAGUGCAAAAUAGGUCAAAGGGAAUGUAUCGAACCACCAAAAAAAAAAAAAAUGUAUGAAAACUUUUUGAAAUGCACAUCCUUAAAUUUAAUUAAUAUUGUAUAGUAAUGUAGAAUAAAAUUUUUUUCUUUUUUAUUAAGAUUUAAUUAUUACACGAUGUUUACAUUGAUUUUUGGUCAAUUUAUCGUUACCAUUUUUAUUACUUUAAUACCAAAAUUUAGACGAUUACCUAUUAAUAUUAUUAUUACUUACGUAGUAUUAAAAUUAUAUUUAAUUUAUUAUUUAUAUUUAUUAUAAACUAUAACUAUAUAGGUAUUAUAUUUUUUUACCUCUGGACAUUUUUCAUCGGACAUUUUGGAUAUAAUAUAUCAUAUCGAAAUUAAACCAAUACACUUAUAAAUAUAACGAUAAAUAUUGUAGACACUAUUGUUAAUGUUGUUAUUAUAAUUAUUGUUCAGAGACAUACCGGGGAUUGAUCCAGAUUUGUUGCCCAUCGUCAAAAAAUUGUUAAAAACCUUCUCUAUAUUGUCAUACGGUGAUUUUGACGAAUUUGAUGAGCUGAGAAAUAUAUCGGAAUUGGCCAAGCUCAAAACGCUGAAUAUCACCGAAUUGCUUGUGAAGGUGUAAAUAAUAUUGUAAUCUAUUGUACCAGUAUUAUACUGCAGUGAUGAAAAAUUGAAAAAAAAAAAACAAUAUUGAUGAGGACCGCAUUAUUACAUUAUAUUAUUAUAGGUGAUGAGACCGUGCAGAGAAGUUUUUUGUUGCGGAGGUUGUUGGUGGAACUUCAAACAGGUAAAUUGUUGUGACAUAUUCGAAUUACAGCGCACAGAAUUUGGUUUGUGUCAUUCGUUCAAUUCGGAUUUUUCCGAAUACAGUAGAGGGUAAGUGUAUAUAUUGCAGCGAUCAAAUCGAUUGACAACGUUGAACACGCUAAUGUCGUUUCUCGUAGUUUACUUGGUGCGGAUUCCGGUCUUGUUGGACAUUUUUGGAGAACGGAAUCUGGGGAGAUCCGACCUAGGAGGACCGGCGAUAAAGGCCAAUGGUCGGGUGUCAGGUAAAAAAAAAAGUUAAAUAAUAAUUAAUAUAAAAAAGUUUACCAAUUAAACCGCUAAGAAAAUAUCUAGACGCUCUAGAGAUACAAAUCUUUGUGUUCAAUUUUUGUUAGCAAAUUUUAAAAUUUAGUUAUUUAACAAUUUAUAUAUAUUGUAAUCAACGAUAAACCAUUGCUAACGAAAAACGAUUCGGAGCGAAGUUUGGUUGUACACGUUUUAUUUGAAAGGCCGUAAUAUUUACGAUUUUCGUCAAAAUUUCAUUUUAAAACUUAUAAAAAUAAAGAAAAUACAACAUUACACUCAAUUCUUUUUUAACCCUAAGUAAUACAUCUAACUUCCUGUCAAAUUUUCAAGCAUUUAUGUUUAGUCUAUUAAUUUUAUCUACAGAGUACCUACUUAAUAAAAAUUAAAUUAAAAUCUCGCAAAAUUAAAAUGUUUAUAAAUAGGUAGUUUAAAAGUAACAAAUAUUUUGAACAUUUUACUACGUAAAGGAAAAUAUAAGUUUUUUGUCUAAAUUCCAAGUAUCUACAAAUAUUAUUAUAAUUUAAUCUAAAUUAUAACAAAAAAAUGAAACGGAUACACUAGUUCCUUACAAUGGGUGGGCCAUUGUUGUGAGAAAUGAGAAGUCAGGAAAAUAGAGAGGAAAUUUAAUGUAUAUCUGUACGCAACGAUUAAUCAUAUGAAAAACGAUUGUGAGCGAAAUUUGAUUACACCGCUUACAUGUCUUGAUAGCUGUAAUAUUUACGAUUUGAAAAUAAUACAUUUCGUAAAUUUACCCGUUUCCCUAUGUAUUAUUUAUUAUCACCUGCAAUUAGAUUAAAAAUUAAAUAAAAAAGAUUUAUUAUCAUUUUUCUAUUAGAGCUUUAUUUUUUGUAGAAAACAUAAACCGUACAAAUUUAAAAUAAUGAAAUCGCUGUGACAUGAUUUGAAAAAAAUCUUAUUUUUCGUAUUUUUCAGUUGUUUCCAGUUAUUAUGUAAAAUACUAUAUAUAUCAAAAAAUAAUAUUCUAUGUUAGUGACGAAAUAUUAAAAGGAACAAACUUGCUAUCUUGUCAAUUUUAAAUUGGAGCAAUAUUUUUGAUAGAAAACAUCGUGUUAACAAAAUAUUUAAAACUGUGAAAACGGUAAUGCCGCGGCGCGUCGUAAAUAUUUGCCGUUUUACCUAUAAUUUUUUUUUCCCAAGUAUUUCAAAAACUCUUUGGAAAAUCGAAAAAUUACCUUUUUAAUAUUUCAACUUGACAAAAUUUCCUUGCAGAAAAGAUGCUAUACUUUAUACAUCAGAGCAAGAUUUCUUUUUGAAAUGUUGUUUACAGACAGAAAAAAAACACACAUCAUAGUAAUCACCAAAGGUACGUUCCGAAUCUAAAAACAUACAUCGUUGUAGUAGAAUAGAAAUAAGGGUAUAGAAAAUGGCCGGAGUUUAAAGGGGGUACAAGUAUGAAGUACAGAUAUGACGUACAGAUUAAAUAUGUAAAUAUACGACGUUUUAUUAUCUAAACGAAUGUAAUGAAAACGAGAAUAAAUACGGAUGUUGUGAAUGCAUCAGCACAGGUCACUGGAUCACGCGUCAUCGAUGAUUAAUUAUAUGACGUCUGUGAAUUGAGUCCCGGAUCCAAGUGGUUUUUAUAAGUAUUACACUAGUUGAGUCCAAUGAAUUUUGGGUACUAUGCUAGUUUAGUCCCGGCUUUUGGCAAGUUGUAUACUAUACUCCGUGCCACGAGAUAGUGUGACCGCCACGCGCACACAAUGAUUUAGCUCCGACGUCCCGGGGCCAAAUUUCCCCCACUAUGUGGCGUCCGUUCUUUGUAUACAGCAGCUCGAGUAUCACACCACAAAUAUUACCGCGACUAACCAUUAUAAUAUAAUAUCAGUAUAGGAGUAAAAUGAAAUGAAAUAAAAAAAAAAAAAAAAGAAUCGCAAAAUUGAAAACCGUAUUAGGUACACGUUGAACCGUACUGAAGAACAAACAUGUAAUAAUAAUAAAUAAGAUUAUACCAGUAACCGUUCUGUAUGUGUGCAACGUCGUUCAACAACGGCGAUCGACACCUAUCGGCGGUAGGCAAAAUUGACAGGAAUGUGGUAGGGAUGCACGGAAAUUAACACAUAUUAGUCGUCACCCAGUCACACUCUCUCGUAUAGUUGGGUCCUAACGUUUAAAUGCAAUAAAAACGUUUUCUUUCUCAUUUUUACAGACUUAAAACUGUCAGUGAUUUGUUGUUUAAAAAAAAAAAACACUGACUAUACCUGUGUAUGAUUGAACAAUUUUUGUUUCGCCAGAUGAAUUAAUAUUUAGGAAAACAUUCAGAAGGUAGCCUCCGGUCGUCAAUGAAUACUAAUUCAAUAUAAUGUAAACAAAAAAAAUUUUAAAAUGUGCCGUUAAAUUCAUUUAAUACUAACUGUACUAAAUGUAUUUCGGUAAAAAUGUAUAGAAAGCGUUUUGAUUUUGUCAAAACGAAUAAUGUUGCCAAUGUUUUUUUCAGUUAUUUUUUCCUUCAAAAAUUUCCUUUGGUUUUUCCCAUACUUCUUAUUUUGAUAUAAGUCUACUUGGAUACUUUGUACAACUUCUAUUCUACUCACUAUUAAUUCGAGACACGACUGGUGUACAACCUGUGAAAAUCUGGGACCCAACUGGUAUAGUACUCGCAGGAACCUGGGACUCAAUUAGUAUAGUACCCGCAUUAACUCGGGAUCCAACUAGAGAAGAUUUUUGAACGCUGGACCCAACUUAGAUGCGCCGAAAAUGACAGUGUAUACGUAUUAUCGAAUAAAAUGACGCUACCGCAUGUAUCCCUAACUGACCAGCGACUUACAAGACGUGUUAUGUGGUGUAUAAUAUAUUGUUAGAAUGGUUCUCUGUGUGAUUGUAAUUGUGUGAUGUUAUAUAUUUUUGUUUAUAUCACUACUCUGUGAAUCUAAAAUACUGGAUGAGUGAAUAAUUAUUUUAAUCUUUCCUUUCGUCUCGAAAAUAUGAAUUAUGAAAUACGCGUUAUUAACUAACUAUAUUUAGGAAAAAUUGACCGAAUUUCAAUAAGAAAAUAAUAUCUAGUAGAUGUUAUUAUUCUUUUAUAUGUUAUUUACUGAAAAGCCGCUAGACAAAUAAAAAUAAACGUGUAUUUUUCAUGACGUUUAUUCAGUAAGAUAGGAUGUGGUUCUACGGAAUCAAAAAAAUAUGUUUCGUUUGUAGUUGAUAUAAACACGUUUGUACAUUGAUCGUAUCACUAUACAUCAAUCGGAAUUAAUGUUUUCAGAAUGUAUUUAUCAACGAUGAAGCCGGAACAAGUCGCCCCGGGAAUAGUUGCUAAACCUUCGAUCCGGGUAAAUAAAAAAAUAAAAAUACACAUUUAAAGUAUUAAUGUCUCGAAAGUCACGAUUUAAAAAAAAAAUAGUUGAUGAUGGGUGAACCCAGAGGUGCUCCACUAGGAUCGGAUCUAGUAGUGAUGGCGGGUAGUUUUGGCAACAUCCACGUGUGGGGCGAUAGAAUAUAUAAUACCAAUCGGACAAAACGACUGGAUCCAAAAAAGAGACGUUGUUAUUUUCCGGAUGAACAGCCCACCGGAAUGGGCACCAAUUAUUAUCUGCGAAGAAAUUGCAAGAGUGCGUGUUACAUGAACCACGUCGUGCAACACUGUGGAUGUUAUUUAGAAUUUAUGUUUGCCUUACAGAAUAUGAAUCGUAAGUAUACUCAUAAAUUACUUACCGAAGGAUGGUGAUAAUAUGUUAUAUCAGUCAAAAAUUCUCGAUGGGGUACAGUAAAAAUCUGAAAAAUCGGAAUCUCGUCGACUAGAUUACGACCAUUGUCUGAGGGGGACUUUAUACUCUUGGCGAUGCCCUUUUACCUAGUAUUUACUAUUUAUAGUUUUUUUUUCUAUCAACAAGCGGAUAUAAAUGUCUAACCAGAGAUCGAUCGAUUAAGACAAAAAUUGAUAGGGGAAGUAUAAAGUGAUAUAAACACAAUAAUCAUGCAAAUUCUGCUCAUUAUAUGCUAAAUAUCGCAAUCGGAAAAGUUUGAACAAUUAAAUUUUAGCCUCGGGAAAAACUGGGGAAACUUAUUUUUUUCAACCCGAUAUUGUGAUUUAGUCUGAAUUAAAGUACAAGCAUAGGUAUAUCUUUAGCUCUCUUCUAAUGGUUUUUUGAUAUAACCUCUAAAAUAAACGCAAGCAAUUUUCUACGAUACAAAUCCAAAUUCACGCUAAUUACAGGCUUAAUAUUGGUGAAAAAAUGUAUAUUUUUGAGAGGAAAGGCUGGGGAAAUUGACUUACAUUUUAGCUCAGAGCUACAAUUCCCCUAUCACUCUCCACUUAACCAGUUCUAUUGUCGGCAACAUAUUGUUGGGCUACUACAUUAUACUAAUAACCAUAUUUUAGACAUAGUUUAAAUAUUUGGAUGUUUAGCAUAUUAUGUUAACGAAGUUCGAAACUCGAGAUUUUUCCGAGCUCCCAUACAGUACAUAACGUACUUACCUAACAAUGUAAUAAUAAUGUUAUAAGUAAAGACCGGAUUUAAUUGCAUUUAAAACACACACAAAUUUUAUAAUAAAUUGCACUAUAAAAAUGCAUAAGUUAUAUAAAGAAAUUAGAUAAAUGUUCCUUUUUUAAAUUAAAAUUGAUUAUUAAAUACAUUUCUAAAUUAUUUUUAUUAAAAUUAAAUCUUCUAUUACUUAAAAUAUGUUUGCAUAAAAAAAAAAAUACGUUGUACGUCUACACUAGUUAUUGGUGCAUAUUUAAAACAAUUUAAUAAAGUAGGCUUUAUAUCUAAAUUAAAAUUUGCUUUACCUGACAGACUUCAUAGUAAGACUUUAAAGUUUUAUACCCUUCAUUUUUUUCAAUUACAUACAUACAUUUUUCAUCGAUUUUUUUACCAUUAGAAUCCGGAAUAUUUGUUAAAAUAUCUUCAAUUUUUCUAAAAAUAUCCAUGCUUUUCUGUAGUACACUAUUAGAUUCUUCCAAAUUUUUAAGAUUUAUGGAUAACUCGGAUAAGUGUAAUUUUAUGAAUGCUAAACCACAUUUGACUGCAUUAUUUUGUACAAGCUGUUUCAGCUUUUCGACACUUGUAGCAUCAUCUGUUAAACUUUCAAUCAGGUUUUUAAACUUUUCAAAUUUCUUUGCAUAAAAAAGUGCAGCAUUUAACCAUGUUCCCCAUCUUGUAAUAAUAGAUUCGGGUAGUAAAGGUAUACCCGGCAUUUCUUUUUUAUAUUUAUUUAUUUUCGAUGGUGCUUUUAGGAAAACUUUUUUUCCUGAAGUGACAUAUGUAUUUAAAUUUUAAAUAGGUACUUAAUAUAUUACCAUUGUUAAUCAAUUUAUUAAUGUCGGGAUACAAUUCUCGAAUUUUUUCUAGAACUCUUAUUAACUGCGUGCGCUAUACAUGAAAUAUGAAUUAAUUUCGGGAAAAAAAUUGUUUAUGUUUUUGCUGCUUUGAUCAUGUAAGUACUAGCAUCACUAAUAAAAACUAAUACUUUUUGUUCAAUAUCAAGAAAUAUUUUUAACGAGGAACUAAUAAACUGACAAAUAGUUUCAUAAUUAGUGGAUUUUAAUUCUUUACAUGCAACUAAAUAUGACUUACUAGAUGUCCCAUCUAAUUUACCAAUUAAUAAAUUUGCAAUAGCCAAACCUAAACGAAAAUAGUAUAUUUUAUUAUAUGAGAAAUUAAAAAAAUUAUUUAUACAAACCUAUUGGAUCGUUUGUUUCGUCAACAAUUAUGUAAACGUAAUUAUUUCCAAUAUUACUAAUUAUUUGGUCCAUAACACUUUUAUAAAUAUUUGGUAAGUAAUGUUUUCUUAGAGGGUUUUCGUCUGGAUUUGAUUUGCCAGUAUGUUUUUCAAAAAAUGAUUUUAACACAUGAUUGCCCAGCUUAUGCAAAGGAAUAAUAGCAACAACAAAUGCAUUACAUAAAUCUUCAAAAAAUAUAUUUUUAAUAUUCGAAUUUUGAGAAAUAACCAAAAGCUGUUUUUUUUUCUUUAUUCCUUUGCAAUGCAUUUAUGUGUUGAACCAAAAAAAUAUACAUGUAUUUUCGAAAUAAUAUGUAGUAUAUUGCGUAUAUUAUGAGCAUAACAUACAAAACUUACUUGUUUUGGAAUGAUGACCUAAAAGAUAUUUUUUUUCAGUAGACACUAAUUUGUUACAUACGAGACAAUAUAUAACCUUUCCAUCUAAUGAAAAUACUUCUUUAUUUUCAUUGUAAGGAGCAACCCAAUUCGAAAUUUUACUUUUUAAAGUUGAUUUUAUUUUAGGCAUUACGUCGAAUACGUUCACUGUGCGGUUAAACUAAUCAAAGAAAUAGGUACUAAGGUACCAACAGGUAAACGCACACGAAUCGUUGUACUAAUAUGCAUUGAAUUUAAUUACCACCUCAUAUAUAUAGACGCUUAUCGCUCGCUGGACUCUCCAAGCUUCUAGAAAAUUCCAGACGAACGAUAAACGCCUAUGAUUUAAAAACGUGGGAAAAUUGCAAAAAAUUGCAUUUUAAAAUUAAAUGGGCACAAUAUUUUUAGUAUAUAUCGGCUAUAUAUUUAAUCAGAUCUGAUUUAUCUUUAUUGCAAAAAAAGUUGCAAUAUCAAUUAAAUCCGGCCUUUAGUUAUAAGUUAUAACAGUUAAAAUAAUUUUCUAGUAAGACACAUUAGGUGAAUAUCAAAUUUUUUUUUGUUCAUCUGCUUUUAGGAAAUUAUUCGUUAAGGCCGUGUAACGUGGAAGAUUUGGUUUGCUUGUACAAGAAAAACUGUAAGUGUUGACUAAAUGUAAAAAAAAAACAUAAAUAAAAACCCUUACGCACAUAUUUUUAUGGACGUGAUUCGUACUUUUUACCUGCGAAAACUUAACCAGAUCGCGCCCCUUUUACCUUUUCACUUUAUAGAAAACACACGGAAUUUCACACAAAACAAAUAAGAAAAUCACAAUUUAAAUGUUCAAAUUUGUUUGAUACAUGAAAAUAUAAUACACUGGUGUAGCGAGUAGGGUCACAGGGUAUGCUACUGCAUACCCUGAACCAUUGAUUAAAUGCACCAUAAGUGCUAUUUGGGGAAGUGGCAGGGUAUUUUAGCACCCAUAUUUUCUCUGUUUUAUAAUUGGCCUGCCAUAAAAUAUACAAAUGCAUCAACAAGGCCGUAGCCAACGGUGUCGAAAAUCAAAAAAAUAUACAAAAUAAUAAAACCAAUAGCCCACUCACUAAUCUAAAACCCAUAUGGUACCUACCUACCUACCUACCUAUCAGUGACGAGGCGCAAGUCUUUAGUGUGAUGAUAUUAAAUGUACAAAUAUUUUAUUCUAUUAAAUAAAUAUAAUAAAACUAAAUUAUUUAAUCGUAUUUUAUUCGUAUUCAAUGACGCAUCGUCAUUGCCAGGUGCAUGGUUGCACACGGUUGUAAAAAUAUAUAUUCGCGUUUUAUACCUAUAAUUAUAGCAUACUUCAAUAAUUUCAUACCAACCGAGCAAACUUCAUCGGCGUUUUUCACAAAUGAACCGCCCGGACUAAAAUGCGACUGUAUGCCCGAUUGCAUCCACCAAAUGUAUAUAUCAGAGCUGACCAUCGCCGAGCCGAUCAUCUCGUCAACACUGUAGGUCAAACGCAAAUCACCGAAAAAAAAAAUCAGAAUGUAUCAAAUAAAAAUAUAUGUCAAUAUUUUGAUUUUUAGAAACUCGUCGACGGCCAUACUGAUUGACGUGCAUUUUAGACAGAGUACGUGCAUACUGUACAGAUCUGAUUUGGUUUUUGGAUGGCUAGAUUUGUUGGGUACGGCACAUACCUUUUUGUUUCUGGCAGCUUCUCGUGUGAAAAUAUGUAUUUAUUUAUAUUUUCCAUUUGUUUACAGUGUCAUUCGGUGGUUGUGCUGGUCUGUUUCUCGGUGGUUCGUUAUUGAGUUUUAUCGAAAUCAUUUAUUUUCUGACGUGGAGGGUUUUCUAUCAUUGGCGAAAAACACAGAAAACGUCAGUUCCCCGCACAGCAAUGAUAGAAAAACAACGUGGAAAUGUGACGACGGAAUUAGUCGACGGUCAAACUUUCAUCACUUAUAUCUAA